UGAACUAAAUUAUUGGUCCAAUAUUAUUGAGACGAUGGUGCAGACUUCACCGUUACGUUACCUAAACUAAAAAAUACAAAAUGCAUUACGAAGUUCCGUUGCACAACAAAAUGAACAAAAACUAAGUACUUGAUACCUACUCGUCUUCUUUGUUUUGACUAGCUUUGUAUUCAGCAAUACCUUUUAUUAAAUUAUUCUAAUAUCAGCACAAUCCAAACAAUGUAAGCAACUGCGAUCAUUAUCAAAAUAUUAGCAAAAUACCUGUCCAAAAAGUUUCGUCUCAGUCUGGCUGGCUACAAAUAUUUUGGUUGGCCGCCAAACGUCACCUGCCAAUGACGAACAUCGAUCGCAUAAUUUGUGGAACGAGGCCAACAUAAACAAACAUUGGAUAAGCGAGUACGUGUGAUUGGCUGCCGCCCCAGUCGUUCUCUUUGCGAGGGCUAGCGUGGACGUAUUUCAUAGUUAUUUUUUUGUGACAUUUGACAGCAUGUCGUGGUCAAACGAAGUAGUUUUGGAAUUUUUGGACCUUUACCGAAGAGAACAACAUCUUUGGGACCCAAAACACCCACAUCAUAGAAACAGAAGCGAAGUUUCCGAUGCUUGGCUUCGAAUACAGACAUCUUUGAGCAUAAAUUGUUCGGUCACUGACCUCAAGAGGAAGAAAGAAUCGCUGAUGACAUCUUUCAGAAUGCAUUGGAACAAAAAAAAGAAGUCCCAAGACUCAUACCAUACGACAUGGUUUGCGUAUCCUAUGAUGGAAAGUUUUCUUGGCGGGAAAUACGAAUGUGAUAGUACUCAGAUGGAACACGAGUUCUUCGUAAAUACGGCAUACACGAACCCUCCGGCAAUACCAGACCCUACCGCCCCUCGUAACCAUAACACGAUGGAACGAGCUCCCAGCACCAGGCAGACAAGGCAGUCAGCUCCCCCCAACCCGACAGACAAAACAGGCUUCGACACAGACGUGUUCUAUGCUAAAAAGCAAAUGGACCAAGCCGUUACGUACUUAAAGAAAGCUUCUACCGAGAAAAGAGACAUGGAUGAAUACGAUCUAUACGCUCAGUUGCUAGCUAAAAAGCUGAGGAAACUAGAUGAGCACCAGAGAGACGUGGCUAUGCAUGAAAUAGAUAAUAUUAUGUUCCGUGCGAAAAUGCAGAGCGGGCCUUCACAGUCCAGGAGUUACUCUUCUUCACCAUCUCCUGUCCCGAGGAAAAUGAAGUCUCCCGUGUUUAUUGUAACUCAGCAGAACCACGCGCAGUAUGAAGACGAGAACAUACAGUACCAAGAUCAUUUAUCGGGACAACCGCCGCCGUAAAAUGUUUAAAAAUCAUACGGGAUGGUUUUUAGCUUUUUUAAAAGCUGGUUUGAUGGAGAUACGAACUGCCUAAUUGACCAAAUGAUUGGUGAUAGAAAAGGAUUUUUUUUUUUCAGAUUUUAUGGGCUGUUCUGGGUUGACCAAGUUAUAAAACUAUUCCUAGACAGAAAUCCUCAAGAAUGAGUGUAUACUUUUUUCAUUAAACCUUCAUUACUCAUUCAGUGUUGCUUAUUUAAUUUUUAUAUUAAAGAGUUUUGCUAUGAGUUUUUGG